AACCGCGAAUAUGGAACACUAAAUAUUCAUUGUUCAUUAACGGCGAGUCAAUCAGAACAGGUGCUCAACUUUUUUUUUCAAAAUGUACAGUGUGCUCUUUCUGAUAGUUUACCUCGCGAAUGCCGUGAGAUCGACGGAAAAUGUCACAUUCGAAACACCUGAAUACAUUCUUCCAUGCCUCAAAGCAGACCCGGAAAUCAACAAAUGCCUUGUAAAAACUUUCAACCAUCUCAGACCAUACCUGAAGGAGGGAAUCAAGGACAUUGAUGUUCCCAGCCUAGAUCCUCUCACCAUCGACAAUCUUAUCAUGGAGAACGGAAGAGGUCCUUUCAGAAUCAGAGCAGCCUUUUACAACAUAUCUACUAACGGAGCCAGUAACUAUUCUGUCGGUAACAUCAAGACCGACCUCGACAAUUACGUAAUUGAAUUUGGUAUCCACUUGCCACGACUAGAAUGCAAAGGAAAAUACGAUGUCAAUGGUAACGUUCUACUCUUUCCAGUGAGGUCAAAAGGAGAUUUUUGGGCCAUAUUCUUGGAUGUGAAUGGUGCUGCCAAAAUUUUUGGAAAAGAGUUCAGGAACGAAAAAGAUGUGAGAUUCAUGAAAAUUGACAAAAUGGUAGUGGAUUUCGAAAUGAAGAAGAGCCGUUUCAGAAUUAAAGAUAUAAUCAAUCACGGAAACAUAAUAGGAGAGGCCAUGAACCAAUUCCUAAACAAUAACGCAGACGAAAUCAUUGCUGAAAUGAAACCGGCUGCCAACGCAGCCAUAGCGAAGCACUUCAAGGGAUUUUUGAACGGCGCUUUCGUCAAAUUACCGCUGAAAGUAUGGUUGCCUGAUGCGUAGGAGUUGAGUAUACCGUAUCAGAGCACGUUUCACGGAAUAUCAUUGCACUUUUGUUUGUACCUGCGUAGACUAAACAAAGAAUGUCCCAUCGUUAAGUGCACCAUUUCGUAUGAACUGAACUGUUCCCAGAGUGACAUAGAAUAGUGCUACACCCUGCCAUUUGUCCGUAAAUAGACCUUCACACUGAUAAUGGGAUAACCUAGGUUUAGAUUUUUUACAAUUUCUUCUGCCGUAGUUUUUUCAAAAUCGAUUGAAAACUAUGGUCGUGACGUCACUUACAUUCGAUUAUGAACUUGGCAACACCGUAAAGUUUAUUCAUAUUGCAUAAUUGAAUUUUCUUCUUCUUUCGGUAUUCUUGUUGUUCUAACUGUUCCUGCGAAAUUGCCAACUUGUUUUUGACGUCAAUUUGUUGAUUUGUUCCGGAACUGAAAAGCAUUUCAUAUUACGAAACACUUACGAACAAUAAUACCUGGAAUUUUUAGAAGGGGCAUUUGAUUGAGUAGUACUAAAUGAAUAGUUAUGUUGUAUAUUCAUUCAGUCCUAUUUUCUGCUUCACACAAUUCCUAUACAUUUUGGAACAUGGUUUGAAAGAGGAGAUAAGUCUCGAAGGUAAUGACGUUAGGUUAGGUUAGGUCGAAAGUGAGUGGGUCGAUUCGACCCUCCACCGCAACCCGCAAUGAUGAUUCAGACGA